CCCUGCGGCGAGUAUGCGAAGACAGGCGAGGGUAACUGUCCUUUGAACGUUUGUUGUUCACAGUUUGGGUUCUGUGGCACCACCUCCGAGUUUUACGGCACUGGCUGCCAGGAUGGAUAUGGCUCAUGCGGAGACGUUAAUAGACCAAAAUGCUCUGGGACAUCAGCAGAGAACGGCCGCCGAAUCGGAUACUAUGAGAGCUGGGCUGACGAUUCAAACUCCCGACUCUGCAAUCGGAGAACACCAGAUGAGAUCCCACUGGUUGGUCUAACGCAUCUCAAUUUUGCGUUCACAUUUUUCGGCCCAACGACAUUCGAAAUAUCACCUAUGUCAUCUGCAGCUGCAGGGCUUUAUAAGAGUUUUACUGCGCUCAAAAAGAAGAGCCCAGGCCCUGAGACUUGGAUUUCACUUGGUGGUUGGACAAUUAACGACGAAGGCAAUACUCCGAAUACUCGAACGGCUUUCAGUGACAUGGCCAGCACCUCUGCAAAUCGACGCAAAUUUAUUGAGCACCUGCAAAACUUUAUGCAAUCUUACGGUUUUGACGGUAUUGAUAUUGAUUGGGAAUACCCCGCAGCCGAUGAUCGUGGGGGCUCGUCUGCCGAUACGGACAACUUCGUGAGGCUUCUGAAGGAGAUGCGAUCAAGCUGGGGUACUUCAUACGGUAUUAGUGUCACUUUGCCAUCUUCAUACUGGUACCUGCAAGUUAUGACAUUCAUGGUGUCUGGGAUUCUUAAGAAACAAUAUACUGAUCCCAUUAUUCGUCCUCACACCAAUCUUACUGAGAUUAGGGAAGGCUUGGAUCUAAUGUGGAUGGCUGGAUUUGAGCCAAGCAAGGUGGUUUUAGGCCUUGGCUGGUACGGCAGAUCGUUCACUCUCGUCAAUCCAUCUUGUUCUAAGCCCAAUGGAGUUUGCGAAUUCAGUGGAGGCGGCAAUCCUGGCUCAUGUACCAACUCUGCUGGAGAAAUACGGGUGGCGAAGCCCCGGAGCGCUGCGACCCGGAUCAAUAGCAAAGAUGCCUCAGCUGCAAGGACCAGCGCGGCGGUGCGAAAAACGAAUUUGUGGAAGUGUUGGUUGGGAGGGGGGAGGUCGAGACUUAUAUACUACCACGCACAGGAGCGCAAAGCGACCGAGUACGCUAAACCGGAAGUGUAA